CAUAUAAAAACCUUAAUUUUUUAUGUUUGUGUUUGGAAAGAUUGAAAAAAGCAUAGAGCAGACUGUGUUUAAAGGAAAGCAAAAUCGGGUGAGAGUAACAAUUGUCACUUAAAUACAUAAUCUGUCUAUUUGUGGAGCACUAUAACAUCAGAAUUUCUAUCAAAACAUCACUACUUACUUUGCACAAAACACUACCCGGGUGGUAUUCCAUGAAGAGGAUUUUAAAGUUACGCAUGACUUAAUGAACAACUUUACACACGACUGGAAUAUAAAAGUAACAUGGAGAUAUAUCUUUAAGCAUGAUAUUUUGAUUGACUAUUGAGCAUUGUUACAAUGGUAGUUACCACUGGAUGGCAAGGUUACUAUAAAAGUAAAUCUUAUAAAAUAGGGAACUGAUAACAAUGAAAGGAAUCAACAUUCCUAAACCACAGUUGUUCCAUUUGAUCAAACCAAAACAGUAACACACAGCAGGGUCUGAGUGCAAGACUAGGAAAACUUUUUUUUAGUGUGGAAGAAACUGAGAUCUGCAGUCCUGUCAUCAACCUAGCAGCACAGCUACCGACCAAGCCAAAUUGGUCGCUACAUUUAUAGUGCACCCUUCAAGCAGGUGACUUCCUAUUGCACUUCUAUAUUUUGGAGGGGCUUGGGACACCGAUGCUUGCUUGCAGUCCAGACGAUGCUCUGCGGUGGGAGGGGUAACAUGUUGAAUCAAGAAACCCUCUCUUGGACAUUAUUCUGCUUUGUGUUUUGGAGCAUUUGCCAUACUUUGGAAAAGUUCUGAAGAUAUAAUGUGUUGGAUUUUUAUCUGAAGAAAUUGGAAUCUCUUAAAUUUGCAGCCCUUAAAAGAUUUAUCUUAAUUGCCAAUGGAUCAGAGGGAAGGAUAGCUUUGAACUGAACAAUGGCCACAGAUUCUUAUUUGACGAACCCACCUGCCUGGGACGAUGGGAGUCAUAUACAUGGCAUUAACAAUUAUGCAGAACGUGCUUUUUUGGCUAUUCUCUACUGCAUCAUCGGUAUGGUGGGUAUCGUUGGAAAUCUCUUUGUGAUGGCAGCCGUUCUCUUAUCCAGGAAGCUCCAGACCGCUACGAACGUCUUCAUCAUCAGCCUGAGUGUGACAGAUUUAUUGGUCUCCAUUGUCCAGCCUUUCCAGGCCGUUGGGUUGCUUGGCCCGAAAGGCUGGCCACUGCAUCCUGUCAUCUGCGCCAUCGCGGGGUCAAUCGUGGUGACUGCAGUUAGCUGCAGUGUGUUGACCCUGGCCCUAAUCGCAAUCAACCGAUACAUCUUAAUCACUAGAUCUCGGAAGGAUUACAGACGGAUAUACACACCAUCCAAGAUGGCCCUGAUGGUCAUUCUCUCUUGGAUGUACCCUAUAGUAACAUUGGUCGUACCCCAAGCCGCAGGUCAUGGGAAACUAGGUUUUGAUAUCAACUCCAGACUAUGUGCAUGGGACUUCAUGCAUCCAAUAGCUUAUGUUUACCAGAUUCUAGCUGGUAUUCUUUCAAUGAUGUCUUUCAUGUUGAUUGUCAUGAGUUACACAUUCAUUUACAGACAUGUCAGGGAGCAUGUUCGGAACACCAUGGCAACAGCAAGCAAAGCGAAGCUAUCCCCAUCAGAGCCAUCACCAAACAAGUCUUCCGAAACAGAAAAGGUUCCACCUGCUAAAAAGGAACCAGGACAAAAGAAAGUGCACAAACCAACAAGACUUGACAUCACAAUCACAAAGAACCUAUUGUAUGUAAUCUGCGGAUUCUUCAUGUGCGUCCUGCCCUACACCAUCCUCCUCUUUGCAACAACUUUCGUCAAAAGUCCAGGUCUAAUCUCACACGUGUCAUCCUAUUUGGCUCUGGUUCUCGUCUUUGAUAGUUGUCUGAAUCCCAUCAUCUACGCUUUAAAACAUCCAAACUUCAAGAUUGUCUUUGGAUGCAUGGUGCGCUGUGAGUUUUCUCGCAUACCAGAACCGUCCAGAUUCCUACGGAGAUUCUUGAGUAGUUCUACAUUAACUGAUAGCGACAAUGAAGCAAGAUCAAGACAGUCAAAUACAGAGACAAGUGUGUCCGGCAUGCACACAUCAUCAUGUUGAAUGAUCUUAUAAUCUUUUAAGAGAUAUUGACUUGUUUAUUAUUUAUAUCAUCAUAAAACCAGUUUCUGUCAAAAAAAAUCAUGCAAAAGUAUAUUAUUUAAAAAUUAAAGUUACGAGUAAUAAGACAUAUCAAUCUUCACGUCAUGUCUCUUAAUUGCUCUGACAAUUUUCGCCUUAAAAAUCAUGAGGAUCAAACAUAACCAUUUUUUCAUACAAUAAUUGGACAGAUUUGUGAAAAUCUAUCUCACACGGAUAAUUCAACGCACAAUCUCCAGUUGAUAAACAGUUGGAAUUGUUAAACAUUUCAAGAAAAGAAAAGUAAAUUAUACAGUGGAAACAUCUUGCACUUCAUGUAAUUGUAUACCAAGUAAUGAUUAUUCAGUAUUUUUACUUAAUGUCAAGCAGUAAAUAAUGUUGCAAAUAAUUAUCAGAAAUUUUCAUUUUUAUCAUUGGAAUUCUUGAUCAUUUUUGAAAAACUAAAUAUUUAUUUUGUCAAGCUUAUUAACAUUUCAUAAUCUUGCAAUAAAAUGCAAGUCAUGAAACUGAGGUAUGAAUAUUAAUGCACCCAUACAUGGCAAUGUUCUUCCUGUUUCAUACAAUGGGUCGAGAGUUCUUUGUGGUGAGAGCAUUUCCCCUUCAACUUGACAGUUGCCCCCACUCCUUGAAGAAUGGAAUUAUUAAAAAAAGAAUGUGGUUUAGGACCAGAAUAGAAAAAGGAUGAUGUCACCGUCUUGAAGCGAGACCUGCUGGAAAGGAAACCAAUGAAAUGAUGGCUGAUGAUGGAUGUCUCAAAGGGCUACUGAACACACUCCAAAUGGGUGUGUUCAUACAGAAAACUGAAAACUAAAUAAUGACAAAUAUCUUUUUCAUAUAAUCUCUUAACCAUACCUUGAGAAUAAACAUGCUUUUGAUUUUUUUUUUCUUUAAAUUUUACUGGUCAAGGUAAUUCAACAUAAUCAUCUGGGGUAUAGUUUGAAUCAUGGGGUCAAUUGCUUUUCAAGUUCAAUUGUUGUGUUCAGACUUAGCUCCAGCACUAAUUAAAAUUGAGAUGGUUGUGACCACUCACUAUAUGCUACAAUUCAAAAUAAAAUAGCAGACUGGGAAAGGAUUCAUUCCCAUGUUAGCACAAGGCUAACGCUCUAAUAGACAGGUUCAAACAAUAUUUUGCUUAUUUUUUUUUAACAUUUGCUAUUGUUAUAAUUUCUUGUCAAAGUUCUGCUCAACCUUCUCAGAUGGUCUUUCAAAUGUUUAGUUAAUGUGCAUCUUCUCAUAGAUUUUCAAAUAUUAUCCUAUACCCCUUUCAUAAACCCAAUUAUGCGGCUAAUAGCAGCAUAAUUUGGUCGUAA